GUGAAGUGUUGGAUUAUUUGGGUUUUUUGGACAUCUUUUAUUUCGUUGCACUGGAAGUAUAAAUUGUUCAAACUGAGGAGGUUUCUGGUGUCAGGAUGGGAGACAAAGGAUUUUCAGCGCUGCGGUUGAUCCUCUGCUUUGCUUCCUUUAUCGUAACGCUGCAGCUUGUUAAUGGAGACCUGAGUUAUUCUGUUCCAGAAGAGAUGAAACGCGAGUCUGUUAUUGGAAAUAUAGCUAAAGAUCUCGGUAUUGAUCUGAGGACUUUAUCUUCCCGAAAGGCCCGUGUUGAUUUUGAGGGGACUCGUAAACGGUACUGUGAUAUUAAUCUGAGUACUGGAGAUUUGGUCACAUCGGAGAGAAUGGACAGAGAAAGCCUUUGUGGCAAGAAACCCUCGUGUGUUGUGAAAGUAGAUCUGGUGUUAGAAAAUCCUCUGGAGCUUCAUCGUGUCAGUCUUCAUAUUCAAGAUGUAAACGACAACUCGCCAAAAUUCAACGAGAAUUUGAUUGAAAUGGAAAUAAGGGAGUCAGCUGAAAAGGGUAACCGCUUCUCUAUCGAGGAGGCCCAUGACGCAGAUAUAGGUCAAAAUGCUGUUCAGAGGUACAGCCUACAGAAAAACGACAACUUUAUUUUCUCUGUUGAAAGCAACAAGGUUGAACUCGUACUUCAAAAUAAACUUGAUCGUGAAAAGCAAAAAGAGAUUAAUUUGCUCCUCACAGCUUUAGAUGGAGGCUCUCCUCAGAGAUCAGGUACUGUAGUCAUACACGUUACUGUUCUGGAUGCUAAUGAUAACGCCCCAGUGUUUAGCCAGGCCGUUUAUAAAGCCAGUCUGCCUGAAAACUCUCCUGUAGACACCUUAGUGAUUAAUGUUAGUGCUACUGACGCAGAUGAAGGAGUGAAUGGAGAUGUGACGUAUCACUUUGGCCAUGUAGCUGAUGACAAUAUAAAUAUUUUCUCUAUUGAUCCUAAAACUGGACAAAUUAGAGUAACUGGAGAGAUCGACUUUGAAGAAAUUAAUUCUUUUGAAAUGAGCUUGAAAGCUAAAGAUGGUUUAGGACUAACUUCUUACGCCAAAGUUAUAAUAGAUGUUACUGAUGUGAAUGAUAAUGCUCCAGUGAUAUAUCUGAAAUCACUGACUAACCCCAUACCUGAGAACGUGUCACCUGGUACAGAGGUGGGCAUCAUUAACGUGCAGGAUAGAGACUCUGAGAAUAACAGACAGGUCCGCUGCUCCAUUCAACAAAACGUCCCUUUUAAGUUGGUUCCUUCUAUUAAAAACUAUUAUUCUCUGGUGACCACAGGACAACUGGACCGUGAACUAGUGUCUGACUACAACAUUACAAUCAGUGCCACUGACGAGGGCUCUCCAUCUCUGUCCUCCUCUAAAACUGUUCAGUUAUCUGUAGCAGACAUCAACGACAACCCACCUGUGUUUGAGGAACAGUCGUACAGCGCAUAUGUGAGUGAAAAUAACAAACCUGGCUCCACUUUAUGUUCCGUUACUGCUCGAGACCCCGACUGGAGACAAAACGGUACAGUGAUUUAUUCUCUGUUACCCGGUGAGGUGAACGGUGCCCCGGUGUCCUCCUAUCUCUCUGUUAACGGAGACACGGGGGUGAUCCACGCUGUGAGGUCGUUUGAUUAUGAACAGUUCAGGAGUUUUAAAGUCCACGUGACGGCCAGAGACAACGGUUCUCCUCCGCUCAGCAGCAACGUGACCGUCAGUGUGUUCGUAUCGGAUGUGAACGACAACUCUCCUCAGAUACUGUACCCCGCCCCGGAGGGCAACUCCUUCAUGACCGAGCUGGUCCCCAAAGCUGCACACGGAGGCUCUCUGGUGUCCAAAGUGAUAGCAGUGGACGCGGACUCCGGACAGAACGCCUGGCUGUCCUAUCAUAUAGUCAAAUCCACUGAUCCGGGACUUUUUACAAUUGGUCUCCACAGCGGAGAGAUCAGGACACAGCGGGACAUUUCUGAGUCUGACAGCAUGAAACAGAACCUUAUUGUGUCAGUGAAAGAUAACGGACAGCCCUCUCUCUCUGCCACCUGCUCCAUGUAUUUACUUAUCUCUGAUAACUUGGCUGAGGUGCCAGAACUGAAGGAUAUUUCUUAUGAUGAGAAGAACUCCAAACUGACCUCUUAUCUGAUCAUCGCGCUGGUAUCCGUGUCCACCUUUUUUCUGACCUUCAUCAUCAUCAUCCUGGGUGUGAGGUUUUGUCGCAGUAGAAAGCCCAGACUGUUGUUUGAUGGAGCAGUUGCCAUCCCCAGCGCUUAUCUCCCUCCUACUUACGCAGAUGUUGACGGCACAGGAACUUUACGCAGCGCUUACAAUUAUGACGCCUACCUGACAACAGGUUCUAGAACCAGUGACUUUAAGUUCGUGUCAUCUUACAAUGACAACACACUGCCUGCUGACCAGACUCUGAGGAAAAGUCCAUCAGACUUUGUUGACCCGUUUGAAGACUUAGAGCCGGCUGUAGAGGUAGGAACACUUCACAUUGCUUUACUGAUAAUAGGCUCUCACCACUCCACCCACAACUACUACAAAGAUAUCAGCUGCAGAUUUUCAGAGAAACGGCUACAUUUCCGGACACAUCAGGAGGUUUCUGGUGUCAGGAUGGGAGACAAAGGAUUUUCAGCGCUGCGGUUGAUCCUCUGCUUUGCUUCCUUUAUCGUAACGCUGCAGCUUGUUAAUGGAGACCUGAGUUAUUCUGUUCCAGAAGAGAUGAAACGCGAGUCUGUUAUUGGAAAUAUAGCUAAAGAUCUCGGUCUUGAUCUGAGGACUUUAUCUUCCCGAAAGGCCCGUGUUGAUUUUGAGGGGAAUCGUAAACGGUACUGUGAUAUUAAUCUGAGUACUGGAGAUGUGGUCACAUCGGAGAGAAUGGACAGAGAAAGCCUUUGUGGCAAGAAACCCUCGUGUGUUGUGAAAGUAGAUCUGGUGUUAGAAAAUCCUCUGGAGCUUCAUCGUGUCAGUCUUCAUAUUCAAGAUGUAAACGACAACUCGCCAAAAUUCAACGAUGAUUUGAUUGAAAUGGAAAUAAGUGAGUCAGCUGACAAGGGUAACCGCUUCUCUAUCGACGAGGCCCAUGACGCAGAUAUAGGUCAAAAUGCUGUUCAGAGGUACAGCCUACAGAAAAACGACAACUUUAUUCUCUCUGUUGACAGCAACAAGGUUGAACUCGUACUGGAGAAUAACCUUGAUCGUGAAAGGCAACAAGAUAUUAAUUUGCUCCUCACAGCUUUAGAUGGAGGCUCUCCUCAGAGAUCAGGUACUGUAGUCAUACACGUCACUGUGCUGGAUGCUAAUGAUAACGCCCCAGUGUUUAGCCAGGCCGUUUAUAAAGCCAGUCUGCCUGAAAACUCUCCUCCAGACACCUUAGUGAUUAAUGUUAGUGCUACUGACGCAGAUGAAGGGGUUAACGGAGAUGUGACGUAUCACUUUGGCCAUGUAUCUGAUGACAAUAUAAAUAUUUUCUCUAUUGAUCCUAAAACUGGAGAAAUUACAGUAACUGGACUGAUCGACUUUGAAGAAAUGAAUUCUUUUGAAAUGAGAAUAAAAGCUAAAGAUGGUUUAGGACUAACUUCUUACACCAAAGUUAUAAUAGAUGUUACUGAUGUGAAUGAUAAUGCUCCAGUGAUAUAUCUGAAAUCACUGACUAACCCCAUACCUGAGAACGUGUCACCUGGUACAGAGGUGGGCAUCAUUAACGUGCAGGAUAGAGACUCUGAGAAUAACAGACAGGUCCGCUGCUCCAUUCAGCAAAACGUCCCUUUUAAGUUGGUGCCUUCUAUUAAAAACUAUUAUUCUCUGGUGACCACAGGACAACUGGACCGUGAACUAGUGUCUGACUACAACAUUACAAUCAGUGCCACUGACGAGGGCUCUCCACCUCUGUCCUCCUCUAAAACUGUUCAGUUAUCUGUAGCAGACAUCAACGACAACCCACCUGUGUUUGAGGAACAGUCGUACAGCGCAUAUGUGAGUGAAAAUAACAAACCUGGCUCCACUUUAUGUUCCGUUACUGCUCGAGACCCAGACUGGAGACAAAACGGUACAGUGAUUUAUUCUCUGUUACCCGGUGAGGUGAACGGUGCCCCGGUGUCCUCCUAUCUCUCUGUUAACGGAGACACGGGGGUGAUCCACGCUGUGAGGUCGUUUGAUUAUGAACAGUUCAGGAGUUUUAAAGUCCACGUGACGGCCAGAGACAACGGUUCUCCUCCGCUCAGCAGCAACGUGACCGUCAGUGUGUUCGUAUCGGAUGUGAAUGACAACUCUCCUCAGAUACUGUACCCCGCCCCGGAGGGCAACUCCUUCAUGACCGAGCUGGUCCCCAAAGCUGCACACGGAGGCUCUCUGGUGUCCAAAGUGAUAGCAGUGGACGCAGACUCCGGACAGAACGCCUGGCUGUCCUAUCAUAUAGUCAAAUCCACUGAUCCGGGACUUUUCACUAUUGGUCUCCACAGCGGAGAGAUCAGGACACAGCGGGACAUUUCUGAGUCUGACAGCAUGAAACAGAACCUUAUUGUGUCAGUGAAAGAUAACGGACAGCCCUCUCUCUCUGCCACCUGCUCCAUGUAUUUACUUAUCUCUGAUAACUUGGCUGAGGUGCCAGAACUGAAGGAUAUUUCUUAUGAUGAGAAGAACUCCAAACUGACCUCUUAUCUGAUCAUCGCGCUGGUGUCCGUGUCCACCUUUUUUCUGACCUUCAUCAUCAUCAUCCUGGGUGUGAGGUUUUGUCGCAGUAGAAAGCCCAGACUGUUGUUUGAUGGAGCAGUUGCCAUCCCCAGCGCUUAUCUCCCUCCUACUUACGCAGAUGUUGACGGCACAGGAACUUUACGCAGCGCUUACAAUUAUGACGCCUACCUGACAACAGGUUCUAGAACCAGUGACUUUAAGUUCGUGUCAUCUUACAAUGACAACACACUGCCUGCUGACCAGACUCUGAGGAAAAGUCCAUCAGACUUUGCUGAAGCGUUUGCAGAUUGUGAUUCUUCUCCUGAGGUAGGAACAUCAUACGUAAAGUUAUCAGAACAAAAGGCUACUCACUCACUUUUUUAG